UUUUUAUUUAGCGAUGGACAAGGAACUGAAUUAAAAGAAACCAAAACCUAUUUAAUUGGAAUCAAUCAACAACUUUCAAGAAAGCGAAGAUAUAGCAGUAUUAAUGGAGAAAAUGAAGACGAAUUUAAAAAACGAAAAAUGAGAGAAAGUUUGUACGAAAUUUUGGAAAUAAAUUCAAUUUGGUUAACUGAAGAACAAAAGGAAGAAUUAAGAGAAGAUUUGAAAAAUGGAAAAUCAUUGGAUGGGGAAAUAUUUGAGAAGCUUUUUCUAUGGUUUAGUAGAUUGAAAUUGACAUUAACUGAAUGGUCUGAAGCAAAGAAUUCUGUUUCAUUUAGAUGCUAUCUCUUUCGGUUGAAGGACGCAAGAGAUCUUCUACAAAGUGUAAUUAUACUCCAAAUGAGAGCAGAAUUACUCUAUAUAGCAGAAUGCAAUAAUUUCGAAAGUGACCUUCAUAUACUAACGGGAAUUGUUGAUGAAAAAAUGAAAAGAAACGAUAUUGUUAAAAAAUAUUGUGAUUUAACAAAAAAUUAUACGAAAAUAAGAGAUAAGAGAGAAAGUAAAGGACUUACAAGGAGUGAAAAUAAGCUUGAACAUUAUUUUAAAAUACUAAACUUGGAUUGGUUAAAUGAUCAGCAACGAGAAUAUCUCAAAAAUAUGCCGUCUAAAGGAAUACGUGAAGCAUUGCGAGAUGCGGUAGUAAACUGGUUUAAUCAUUUACAUCCUGCUGCAAAAGAGCUAGCCACAGAUCUUUUCAAAGGUGGAUGUAAUAAACUUUUAAGAAUAAGACAGGAGGGAUGUGGUUAUUUUGGGCUGUUAGACACACAAAAAAUAAACGAGCUCAAAAACUACGAUGACUUGACAACUUAUAACGAAAUUAAUGAAUUAAUAAAUCCUCUAAGAGAAAAAUUGGAACUCAGAAAAAUUGCUAAUGAUUAUAAUCAGACUUGCAGAGAACUUUUUGGUAUUGGAGAGGAGGUGGAAACUGAAGAGAAGAGAGGAGUUGGGUUAAGAGGUACAAGAACCUCAGGAAGGAAACGAAGAUACCUUAAUAACAAUGAUGACGAAUACAAAAAAAGAAAAAUUGGAGAAAGUUUGGAAGCAAUUUUUAAGAUACAUUCAAGUUGGUUAACUAAAGAACAGAAGGAAGAAUUAAGAGAGGAUUUAAAAAAUGGAAAAUCAUUGGAUGGGGAAAUAUAUGAGAAGGUUUUUAUGUGGUAUAGACGAUUGGGAUUAAGUGAUUGGUCAUAUGAAAUGCUUGAUUUUUCUUCAGGAUGUGUUGCUCUUUCAUCUGAGAGCUUAAGAAACACAAAACAAGCAGCGGAAAUAACCAUGAUUGAAAUAUCUUUAAGCCUUAUCGAAUGCAAUAAUUUAAGCGGUGACAUUAAAAAACUAGAAGCAAUUGUUGAUGAAAAAUCGAAGAGAUUCGAUAUUGUUACAAAAUAUUGUGAUUUUAGAAAGAAUAAUACGAAAAUAAGAGCUAAGAGAGAGAGUAGAGGACAUAAAAGUAGCGAAAAUAAACUAUCAAAAUAUUUCAAAAUACUAAAUUUGGACUGGUUGGAUGAUAAACAACGUGAACAUCUUAAAGAUAUCAAAGGUGUAAGAACAAGUGAAGAAAGGCGAGAUACGAAUGGCCGUUCAACUAAGCUUAAUAGUACAGGGUAAUAAACUGGUUUAAUCAU